AUGUCAUCAGACCUGGAUCAGCUGGCCGACAUGGGCUUCGACCGCGAGAAAGCACAGAUGGCGCUCAAGAAAGGCGGCAAUCUCCCCUCAGCUAUCGACUGGCUGGACAAGAACGCCGACAAGUCCAUGGAGGACCUAAAGGCGGACGAGGGAGAGGAAGAAUCUGCACUACCACAGGCCGGCGCUUCCGCGAACAGCAUGGUCUGCAACGACUGCGGGAAGAGGUUCCGGAACAUGACAGCAGCACAAGCACACGCGGAGCGGACGGGCCAUGAUGACUUCGCGGAGAGUAAUGAGGAGAUCGCGCCCUUGACAGAGGAGGAGAAGAAGGCCCAGCUGGAGUUGGCCAAGCAAAGGAUGAUGGAGAGGAAGGCAAAGCAGGCGGAUGAGGACAAGGCAGCGGCGAAGCGCAAUGACGAGAUCAAGCGCAAGCAUACCAAGGAGAGCGAGGAUGCGAAGGAGGACCUGAAGAAGAAGGAGCAGAUCAAGGAAGCACAACAAAAGAAGAAGGAGAAGGCAGACGACAUCGCGGCGAAGAAGAGGAUCAAAGACAAGAUCGAGGCUGACAAGGCGGAGCGUAAGCGGAAAGCAGAUGAGGAGAAGGCAAUGCGUGCAAACCCGGCUGCAUACGACCCUCAAGGCGCUGGCUCUGCUGCUGCUCCUGGUGGUGCUGGUGCUGCACUGGCGAGUGCACAAGCUGCAAAACCCAAGGCCACACACUCCGAAGCCCGCCUACGAUUACAAACACCAGGCGGCAACGUGAUGAAGAACUUCCCAGCCGAGACGACACUCUUCGAAGUUGCGCACGCAUUGCAAGAGGAAAGCGGUGUCCAGGCGAGCACCUUCACGCAAAACUUCCCAAAAAAGGUAUUCGACCAAGGCGACUUCGGGAUGACUCUGAAGGAGGCAGGGCUGGUGCCGUCUGCGGCACUCAUCGUGCAGUAG